AUGGAGGCCCAAAAAGAGGAGCACCAGAAGGCUUUGGAGCAGAACACUCGAGAGCUCACGCGGGUAAGCGAGGAAAUGGAGGCCCAGAAGGACGACUACGAGAAGUUUUUGGAACAGAGGAUUCGAGAGCUCGCGCGGGCCAGGGAGGAAAUGGAGGCCCAGGAGGAGGAGUUGCAAAAAAUUUUAGAGACUCUGGACACGAUACAGAGUGAAGGAGGGGCACAAGAAGCGUUAAACCAAAAGACCCGGGAGCUGGAAGUGAAGAAGGUUGAAUGCAUGGAACUUCAAGAGAAGCUGCAAAAGCGAACGAGUCGCGUGAACGUACUGAUUGACGAGCGUGACGCACUUGCCCAUGAGUGUAACGAGCUCAGGACUAGGUAUGCAACUAGGAAGAAAGAUUGGCAGAGCUGGAGCAGGUUGUUCGUGGCAUUAUCCAACUAG